UUAAGUGUUGAUCACCCGCACUUAAAAAUCAGCUGCCGUUACCCUUUAUUAGUCACGCUACCCAACGGGACACUAAGGUGAUCACGUGACUUUGGAAACGGCGCCAUGCCGCUGAUGAGGCCAAGAUUGAGUUUAUGUGGUUGACCUAAAAACUGCAAGCAAAUAUGUGCGAAAUCGAUCGUGAUAAGAUAGAGCACCUUUCUGUGAAAUUGAGGGCAUCACCAGCUGAUGGAGGUCUUAUCAUAAAGGACAGGUAUUAUCACCUAAGGAAAUAUCACUCUUCUUUUGUGGGAUCAGAAGCAAUUGAUUGGUUUAUUGUAAAUGGAUUUGCAACUACAAGACAAGAGGGAACUGAGAUAGGUCAGGCCCUGCUUGAUGCAGACUUAGUUCAUCAUGUGGUUGACGAACAUAACUUUGAGGACAGGGAGUUAUUCUACCGAUUCCGGCAAGAUGAUCCACCUCAUUUGUCUCCAGCUGGUCCAUCUGUGGCUUCACUCAAGCAGGACUGUGGCACAAAGUUUGGUCCAGCACAAAAGAAGGGACUUUUGAAGUGGCAACAGGCUUUCAUAGUACUACGACAAGGGGAUGAUACUCUCUAUGAGUUCAGAACAGAUCUGGUAUGAGUCAUAGCAAGUUUAUACAGUGAGGACACUAAAAAGUGAGGGUCUGGGUUCAGUCCCUCAUCGAGGUCAUUGUCAGUGUUGCAUUCAUGGGCAAGACAUUUUGCAUGUCUCACCACAGUGCCUCAAUCUCUCCACCCUGUAUAAAAUACUUAGUAAUGGCAAAUUUAAUGGCAAAUUGAAUGCAGCUGUCUCAAUGAUGGAAUUGCAUCCCAUCCAGGUGGGAGUAGAUUGAAAUAUUCCUCAGGUUGCAUCAAUAGACCUUUCCCUGCAUUCCAACAAACAAUGGUGCCAAGUCGAGGUCAGGGUGGACAAAAAUACA